AUGGGGACAAAAUUUCGGUUUCCCCCUAUUCGAUGGCCCACGGCGAUAUUCUUUUUUCUAAUUUUACUACCCAUCGCACUGUGCAAACCGCCUUCUUAUGGGCAGUUGUCAACGUUGGAAUUGCUACGUGAGCUACGGCCCAUUCAGCCUCCACAUUGCUCGAGGGCAUUGAUCACACCAGCCGGCAGCUCGUUUUGUAAGUUUCUGCAAUUUUUUUUAAUGAUUUGAAAAGUUUGACGAAAUGUCACAAGUUUUAUUGGUUUUUUAUUUUGUUCAGAAAAUUUUAUUUUUUUAUUUUGACUGUGAAUUUAGACCUUGUUCUUCAUUUUUUGCUGUAUUUUUUUAAAUUUUUGAGUUUUUAUAAGAUUUGACGAAAUGUCACGAAUAUUAUUGGUUUUUAGGUUUCUUAUAAAAUUCAAUUUUUCGACUGAAAAUAGACGUCUCUUACUUCCAACUGCAAAAAAAUCCAAAAAUUUCAUUAAAUCCGAUUGGACGAAAUGUCACAAAUUUUAUCGAUUUUCUCUUUCAGUGCACGGAAAGUCCUCCAACACAACCAGAGUCAAACUUGGUCUCAGUGUGGGCCAAUCAGUCUGUUUUCGCAAAACAGACUCGCACAACGCCAGUCUAGCCGACCUGGAUGUGAUGCACACGAUAACAUUGGAGCGUCUGGAACAAUAUCAUCCAGUCACGCAGAGAUAUCGGUUCGCCAUUCCUGAGCUGGAAACAAAAUGCAUUUGUGAGUGUCGAGCGGACGCGGCGGUCUGUCAAGCGUCGGAUUACAAUUUUGGAACCUGUGGAGGUGAGAGGGAUUCCAGUGGACGACCAACGGCUUGUUAUCGGACGUUUUUCUCGGAUCAGCCAAAUGUUGGAUGCCCGACAGGUAGGUGAAAUAUUGUUUUGUUUGUCUGCAUACUCUUCUUAUUAUCAAUCAAGACAAAUUAAGGCAAAAUUAGCCUAUCAAAAAUUCAUAAAUUUUUGUCAUUUUUUUGGCAUCAAUAUCUAAAUUUGUUGACUUUAUACGCGAUUCAAUACGGCUAAUACCUUCUGUAGCAAAUUUUAUUUUAUUUCAUAAAAGUUUGUUACACAAAGACUUGAUUUUUUGGCGAAAAAUUGAUUCUGUGAGAAUGACGAAAGUUUAUGGAUUUUUCGUAAGCCAAUUUGCACUACAAAUUAUCCAUAAAUUUUCUUCAUUCAAAAAGUAAGCAAAAAAGCAAACAAACGUAAAGAUUUGAUUGGUAAAAAUUAAAUUUGCUAUCUAAAGAAUGCCUAAAGGCUAUGAUAUUUAGUUGUAACUUUUUUCUAACAAUAAAAAAGAUAAAUUUUUUAUAAAAUUUCAAAUCUGGUCAAUUUCAUUUUUUCGUAUUUUAGGUCACUCAGAAGAGCCCAAACUCUGCUGCGAACUCAAAUUCCGGCCUUAUCAAGACCGCACCUUCACCGCCGUGAAGCUGGAGUCGCCCACAACUUUUGCCGUCCUCGAAUACGUCGCCUAUUUGUGGAACGACAAAGGUCGUUGGGAGGAGAUGGACAAGCGCAACAUCCGCGUCACAAUGGACUCGGGGACACAAAUCCAGUUCUUGGACUCGGACCGAAGCCUCGAAAUGGGCGUGGCGUCGUCGGGGAAAUCGACCAAUCAGCUGGAGGCGGGCAUGUAUUUUGUCGAAAAUCUCGGCCAUGGCCAAUAUGGCCAACUGCGGAAGCAGGCGCUGAACGAGAUCACAGAGCACAGUUUCGACAAACUGGGGUGGUUCCGGGUUUCGCCCGAGGGCGCCGGCACAGUGCAAGGCGGAUUCGUUUUGAUGGACAAGAUCCAUCGCGCCAAAGCCGAGAACUGCCUGGAACAGCGAUACCAGAGCAUAUUGGAUGCCAACUUUUACGUGAAUCAGGCGGAUAAUUCGUCCACCUCAUUCACGCUGCCAGACUCGCUGGAUCAGCAGCUGAAUUGGAUCAAGACCGCCACCUUAUUUGGCCAUACCGAAAGACACGCGGUUGUCACGGAAAACGACGGAGCGAAUCUCGAAAUCUCCCUCGUGUCCAAGGCUCCCAACACGGCCUUGAAUUUCAUCCACAACGCCAGCAACAUUCAAGACUUUUCGGCGUUGAUUUUGGUCGAUAAAUUGAGUAAUAGCAUGUUGAAUAUAAGUGUCUACAACUCGACGGGAAUCCUUCACGGCUAUGUGAGGCAUGUCAGCGAUAGCUAUGGGACAACCAUCGACAGUUUUACGAUCAGAGUGCCGGCGGCGGAGGUGGAGGAACAGCACGUUUUGAUCAGGAUCAAACCUUACGAACCGAAUACGGUAGGUGCAAUAUUUUGAGAUUUUUGAGGGUUUAAAGUGGGAAUAUUGUCUCCGUUGCCGUAUUUUACCCUAAAAUUUCAUCAUAAUCUAAUUCUACCCGUUUUUAUUCAAUUUCCAGAAAAUUCAGGUUUUCGUGGUGGGACCCAGAUUUUAAAAGUUAGUGACAAAAAUUUAACUCUAUAGAACGAAAUUAUGGUUACUUAUGCUAUAUGUGACCUUAGUUUUCAAUUAGCAUCGCAGCUGACCAAUUUUUAGCCGAAUUCCCAUAAAUUCAAGUUUUCGUGGUGAGACCUGAAAUUUUGCGUUUUUGGAUAAAAAUUUUUUUGUGACAAAAAAUUAGUUAUUGAGAAAGCCCUAUCUUCAUUUUUUCUCAUUUCGGCCAAUUUUCCGUUAAUUAAGGCUUUCGUGGUGGGACCGAAAAAUACAUAAAUUCAAAUUUGUCGAUGAAAAGAAUCACCAUGUAUUUUACUCCAAAUACUGUCUUCUCUAAAUUUCACUUAUUGAUUUUUAUCCACUUCCCACUAAAUUCAUAUUUUCGUGGUGAGACCCAAAAUUUUCAAAAACAAUUUUUUUCAGCAGCACACCGUAUGCCUUCGACCGGAUGACGGAGACGGCAUCGAAAUCUGCCGGAACGUCGCUAGUGUCCACUUCGAUUUGGAAACCCAGACAAUUCACAACGAAUGGAACAAACCGACGGGAUAUUGCGAAGAAUGUAACCAAUUUACUGUCAAUGGCUUCUUACAGUCGCUAAAUCCCGUAGCCUGGAUCAAAGACAUCCAUUCCGUAACGGAUGGACUCAACCUGGUCGUCAACUUGGGGGCAUUUUUAGUCUGUAUAUUUCUGAUUUACUUCUUGCUGUUCAAGGUGGUCAUCCCAGUUGUAAAUUGUAUUAUAGCGCCGUUGAACUGUAUAACCGAGUGUUUCGAGAAAAAGAAAAAGAAACGACGAAGCACUGGGAGCUCGGAAAAAGUUUAA